AGUAACGUGUGAGUUUUUUAAUAUAGUGGUGAUGAUAUUAACGCAGUGUAUUUGUACAAGUUAGAAUAAGUAGUAUUAAAACACAUUGAAUUUUGAUAAAGUUCAUUUUGAUAACAAACACUUUUUAACAGUUGUUGUAAAAGAGAUGUUGAAUGAUAAAAGUAACGAGGUGAUUGACUUACUUUGAUUACAAGCACGACCACCUAGUAUAAUAAAUACUAACAACACAGAUAAUUAAAAACAGCGGUAAAGUAAUAACAUCGGUAAAAACAACGAUAACAUAACGUGAUUUAAAAAUUCUUUAAAGGUAUUUAAAGAUACAUAAAUAUCUUAAAUAUGGUGCCAUAAAAACAUAUAAAAGUAUCGAUGUUUAAAUGUAAACUGCAAAGAUAUUCAAUUGAAUACAAAUCAUUCAUUGAUUUCUAUUAAUUAUUAAACAUACAAUGUCAAAUAGUGAACUUUUGUUCAUGAAUAAUUCCCAUAUAAUGAAUGUUUUGAUAUGAUUAUUCAAUAUAGUAUGCCAUAUUUUGGAAAUGGAAUACAAGGAAAUUAUUAUUAUAUCAAGAGGGAUUCGAUUAGAUAAAGAAAAGAAUUAUUGUCAUUCUGGCUAUUGUUUUCCUAGCAAAUGGCCAUGGCUGAGAACUCAGAAAAUGAAAAGUACCCUUUACACAAAUGCAUAUUUCAAGGUGAUGUUAAAGCUUUAAGUUCUUUAAUCAGAACUUAUAAUAUUGCGGAGAAAGACAAACAAGGAUCAGUUCAACUAUUACUUGCACAUGGUGCACCUGUAAAAGUGAAGAACUUAGCUGGAUGGAGUCCACUUGCAGAAGCAAUUAGUUAUGGAGACAGACAAACCAUAUCAUCAUUAGUGAGAAAAUUAAAACAACAAGCUAGAGAACAGAUGGAAGAAAGAAGACCAAAUUUAGUUGCAACAUUACGUCAAAUGGGAGACUUUUAUAUGGAAUUAAAAUGGGAUUUUCAAAGUUGGGUACCACUUGUUUCUCGAGUGCUUCCUUCUGAUGUCUGUAAAAUACAUAAAAGUGGAGCAUCCAUUAGAAUGGAUACUACUUUGGUAGAUUUCAAUGAUAUGAGAUGGGAAAGAGGUGACAUAUCAUUUAUUUUUAAUGGUGAUCAAAAACCAAGUGAAUCAUUGGCAGUACUUGAUAAUAAAGCUAAACGUUAUCAGAGAGUUGGAUAUGAGGAAACAGAAUUAGAGAUACAAGAUGAAGUUGAUAUUCUUAUGUCAAGUGAUAUCAUGGCAGCACAAAUGUCCACAAAAAGUAUUACACUUUCAAAAGCUCAGACAGGCUGGAUAUUUCGUGAAGACAAAAGGGAGAUGGUAGGGCCUUUCCACGCGGACUUUUACCAAAUCAACGGAAUGGUUUUGGAAAGUAGAAAACGACGAGAACAUUUAAGCGAGGAAGACUUACAAAAGAAUAAGGCUAUUAUGGAAUCAUUAACAAAAGGAAGUUCACAAGGAUUUGCUAAUGGAAAGCCUCAAGUUCGAAGAGCUUCUUUAAAUCCACCACCAAAGUCAAGUAUUACUUGGGAGGAAUAUAUUACGGCUCCACCUGGUCAAUGUCCACUUCUUGGAAGAAAUCUAGUUUACAAGGAAAGUAGUAAAUCAUUUAAAGCAACAGUUGCCAUGAGUCCAGAUUUUCCACUAACUGUUGAUAUGUUACUCAAUGUUUUGGAAGUAAUAGCACCAUUCAAACAUUUUAGUAAAUUACGGGAAUUUGUCCUAAUGAAAUUACCACCUGGUUUUCCCGUAAAGAUUGAUAUACCUAUUUUACCUACGGUAACAGCAAAAAUUACUUUUCAAGAAUUUGCCUUUCGGAAUGAUAUAGAUCCAAAGCUAUUUCAAAUACCACCAGAUUACCUUGAAGAUCCUAUGAGGUAAAUUUCAAAACUUGUAAUUUUACUAUGUAAUUCAUUUAAUUAGAUGUUUUUAAAUUGUUUCAUCUUCUCUGAAAUAUUUAUUAAUAAAUUUUAUUAAUUUAAUUAGAUUUCCAGACUUAUGACAGCUCUACAUGUUGAAGAUAACUCAAGUCAAUUAUCACAUUAA